GCCACAAUCAAUGACUAGCAAUGUGCCAGCAACAUAAUCUGAUUUUAAUACCGCGUGAUAAUUCGAUAAAAGUUUUGUUUUAAUUUUAUAUAGUUAAAUUUAACAAAUUUACAAAUAGAAUUAAAAUGGAAGCAAAUGUCGUACCUUGCACUGCGUGGGUGAAAAAAGGUGUUGCUGCAGCUGUUCCUGAAAAAGUUGAAUUAAGGGUUGACGAGCUCGAAAAAAUUAUAAGGAAAACGAAAUCCGCUUUAAAAAGUGGAGAUGAAGAAUCUGAUGAAGAGGCGACUACCUCGCAAUCUAAAAUUAAACAAGAACCUUCUGCAACUGAUAGUACUGAUGAAUAUAACUUUGAAGCCUAUGAUAAUGAGGCUGACGAUAUGCAUUUUCACGUUGCUAACAUAGCUAGCUUUGGUACAGAUGGUAAAGAUCCUCUUAUAACAAAUGAUGAUGAUGAUUCAGAAAAAGAAGAUGACAUUAUCAAGAAUGAUGACAAUCUGAUAUUGAUUGGGCAUGUUGAGGGAGAUGCUAGCAUAUUAGAAGUAUUUGUAUACAAUGAGAAGGAAGGAUCUUUUUACUGCCAUCAUGAUAUACUUUUACCUUCAUUUCCAUUAUGUAUCGAAUGGCUCAAUUAUGAUGUUGCAGAUAUAAAACCAGGUAAUUUAUGUGCAAUUGGUAACAUGACUCCCAUAAUUGAAGUAUGGGAUUUGGAUUUAAUUGAUUGUUUAGAACCAGCCUAUAAACUAGGCUGUAAGCCAAAUAAAAAGAAGUUCCGGCAACGUAUUGGCCAUACAGAUGCAGUUUUGGACUUGGCAUGGAAUCAGAAUUUCACACAUAUUCUUGCCAGUGGCUCAGUAGAUGAAACAGUUUUAUUAUGGGACUUAGAAAAUUGUGCACCUGCGACCACACUAAAAUCAUUUAAUGAAAAAGUGCAAGCGCUAAAAUGGCAUCCACAGGAAACGCACCAUCUAUUGACAGGAUGUGCAGACAAAUUAGUAAGAUUAUUUGACUGCAAAGAAAGAACGCCACUUACACGAAGCUGGGAGAUGCAAGGGGAAGUGGAGAGAGUGAUAUGGAAUCAUUACGAUCCAAAUUAUUAUAUUGCCAGUACAGAUAAUGGUUAUAUACAAUAUUUUGAUAUAAGAAGUGACAAGUCUUUAUGGGAAAUAAAGGCUCAUGAAAAAGAAGUAACAGGUCUUUCCCUCAGCACAUCGUGUCGAGGCCUGUUAGUUUCCUGUUCGAACGACAGUGUAAUAAAAAUAUGGGAUCUUAAUCAACAAUCCCCUACUCUUUUAUCGGAAAAGGAGAAUAAUUUAGGCGCUAUACAAUGCCUCGCGGCGAAUCCAAAUAAUGGAUUUGUGUUUGCCGUUGGCGGAGAUAACAAAGCGCAUAAUUUCAAAGUGCUGAAUCUUAUGGAUAUACCUGCCGUGAAAGAGAGAUUUGCGAAUGCAAGCGCAUCGAGUAAUUUUGUAAUGAAAUUCAAACAAGAAGAAACGAUGGAUUUUACUGAAGACGUAUACUGAAGACUUAAUACGGAAAUUGAAAAUCUGGAAUCGUCAAGCGUGUAAACCAAGAAGAAAAAGGACAUUUGAAAUGUAUAGUAAAAGUACGUUACAUUAAAAUGAAGUGUUUUUGAAAUGUAAAUAAAUGAUCUUUUUACAUUU